GUCAAAGUUGGUAUUUGCCCAGACUCUGCCUGCCAUUUUGUAAGAUAGAAGGGAGAUAAAAAAUAGUUUUAUGGUUUUAAAAUUUCAUAAAAGCUUCUUUGCCAUUUCUAUUAGGGCCCAUAACAAAUGUUUAAAUGGACGCUUCGUCCAUUAUAACUCAGGUGUCACGGGAUGACGAGCAGUUAAACAACUAUGGAUCUGAUAGAGGAGCGGCUCCAGGUGGGCAGCAUAAUGACGGGGAUGGAACCCCAGUAUCGGGCUCCACCCCAAUCGGCACUAAGAAGUCGAGCGGGAGCGGUGGAUUCCUCCGAUCGCUACUUUGUUGUUGGCGCGGCGGCAGAGGCAAAGGGCCACCUAGUGGAAAUGGAACUAAUAGCAUCGAUGGCAGGGCUUCGCCCCCCCUUCUCGUUAUGUCGGACCAUGCGCCACGACCUUUACUACCACCAGUGAGACAUCAGGACAUGCACAAAAAAUGUAUGGUGAUAGAUCUAGAUGAAACAUUAGUGCACAGUUCAUUCAAGCCAAUAAACAACGCCGACUUCGUGGUGCCGGUGGAGAUAGACGGCGCGGUGCACCAGGUGUACGUGCUGAAGCGGCCGCACGUGGACGAGUUCCUGCGGCGCUGCGGCGAGCUGUACGAGUGCGUGCUGUUCACUGCGUCGCUCGCUAAGUACGCGGACCCCGUCGCGGACCUACUGGACAGAUGGGGUGUGUUCCGCGCGCGUCUGUUCCGCGACAGCUGCGUGUUCCACCGCGGCAACUACGUGAAGGACCUCAACACGCUCGGCCGCGACCUGCGUCGCGUCGUCAUAGUGGACAACUCGCCCGCCUCAUAUAUAUUCCAUCCGGAUAAUGCUGUACCCGUCGCGUCGUGGUUCGACGACAUGACGGAUACGGAGCUGCUGGACCUGAUACCGUUCUUCGAGAAGCUGAGCAAGGUGGACUGCGUGUACGCGGUGCUGCGCAACUCGAACCACCCGUACAACCCCACGCAGAACGCGUCGCCGUCCAUGUAGC